AUUGAACAUAAUAGAACAUUUGCCAAAGUUUUUCCUGAUAGUAAAAUGUGAGCUUACGAAAUCAAAUGCCUCCCGAAACGUCGUUUAGCUGUGAUGUUAAUAAGCGACAAGUUAGAAUGAGUGGUCUUUUUAAAUUUCCGUACGCUCCAAACACUUCACAUGGGUUGUCGAACACAGUCCAUAGAGUACCUCUCGUACAGGCCAAUAGCGAACACUCAAACAUAUCUAAGCAAAAUACAGCUCUUGAUAGUGGAAGCUCCGUAAGAAAUUUAAUAGACGUUGACGAAUCGUUGCUUAACGCUGUUGAUCUGGUCAAUAUUGAAAGAAAAGCUACAACGCAAACCAAUUCGUUUAAGAAUGAAUACAUUCCAGAAAAUAAUGCGAACAGUGGAAAGAAUGGUCUAUUGAAAGAAAGUCGAAUACACCCCCGAUCUUCCGAGAUAGCAUCUCCGAGAAGAAAAAAGUCCCGCUACACUAACACGAUUAUUACUCUGGAUAUGAGCUCACCAGAUAAAAGAACUAAAAAAGUAUCAACAUCUUCAUUACAACGGGAUAUUUCUCGCCUUGGCCGACGUUUAACCUCCAAAAGCAAACCAAAUGAAACCAAAUCGGAAACAUUUCCUGCAAAUGAAAUAAAAAAUUCAAUCGUCACGUCUACUCAAAUCGAUCUUAACUUACAUGAAAAACAACCUGAACCAAUCGAUCCCAAACAAACAACGGAAGAUCUUUUUCUUUGGGAGUCACAGAUUUUUGAUAACGAACUAAAUCGAAUAAAGAAUGCUUCUGUAGCAAAUACGUCCCAUGUAGAGGAAGAUAUGGAGGAGGCAGAUGAUUUGAUUCCUUGCUACCAGAAAACAGAUAAUAUCAAUUGUAGUCAACUAUUUAUGGAAGAGGUCGACAAGUUCGGCAAAAAAGCUAUCACCAGGAUUGGAACCCCGUUGAAUUCGAAUGAAACCUUUUCGAUAGUAAAGAAUAAAUUUAUAGGUUCUCAAUACAUACGAUUGGAACGGUCCAUUCUGGAGGAAAAUCUAGCAAAUCUGGCAGAUGAUCAGGUUAACUCCCAACUUGCGAGUGAAUACGAUUCUACACAGAAGCGCAAGCAUAUCCAAAAUAUUUUCGAUGAGUUUGAACGAACGUUGGCCGACGUAAGAAAUAUUGCCCAAGAGCCUACAGCAGACGAAGUUAACGAAGAAGCUCAAGCAUUAGCCAAAAUCAAUUGGGAUCAAAAUAUGACCAUUGAUGGCGAAAGUCCCGUACGUAAGAACGAUAGAGUGCAGUUGAACGGUAUUUUUAGCAAAAGAACUUUUUUGGGAAACAGAAAUGGUAGUGAUUCUCCAAAAGUUGUGGCAAGAAAGUCUGCACCUCUAGUUUCAUCUCAUUUUCAGGACAAAGGUCCAUUUUUUGGGCUACCGAACAUUGUCAAAACUCUAUUGCGAGAUUAUAGAGGAAUCAAUGAAAUGUAUGACUGGCAGAAAGAAUGUCUUGGUUUAGCAGCAAUAGUAGAACGUAACAAUUUGAUCUACGCACUACCUACUAGUGGAGGAAAAACGCUAGUUGCCGAAAUCAUCAUGUUUCGUGAGAUUAUGUUGCGAAAGAAAAAUGUCAUGUUUAUCGUUCCAUACGUUUCGCUGGCACAAGAGAAAUUGGUCGCUCUAUCGCCAUUUGCUGUAGCAAUGGAAUUUUUGGUGGAAGAGUACAGUGGGGGGAAGGGGGCAAUUCCUCCGAGGAAGCGCAAGAAAAAGCAAUCAAUUUUUGUGUGUACAAUCGAGAAAGCUAUGGUACUACUUGACAGUCUGAUCGAAGCAGACCGGGCGAAUGAGGUUGGUUUGGUAGUGAUCGACGAGUUACACAUGAUUGGAGAGGAUCGACGUGGUGUUCAUUUGGAGAUUAUGUUGACUAAAAUUAGAAUGAUUGAAGCGGGCAUCCAAAUCGUUGGGAUGAGUGCAACUAUUGGGAAUCUUAAUGAAAUCGCUAGAUUCAUGUCGGCAGAUAUCUACUGUCGCGAUUUUCGGCCGGUUGAGUUGAAGGAAUAUGUGAAGUGUGGUUGUGAUUUGUUAGAAAUCAAUAACAGUGCCCGUAAAUUAGAAGAUGCAUUCGGCACUAAACAGACAGUGCAAUACAAUUAUACGGAAGAACAGAAGCGAGUUGAUCCGGAUCACGUAAUAGCGUUGGUGCUGGAUGUCAUACCAAGCGAUUCGUGUUUAGUUUUUUGUCCAACCAAGCGACAAUGUGAGCAGCUGUGUACUCUGCUAACAAAUCAUUUGCCACAUGAGCUUCUUAGUUAUAGAGCAAAAGAAAAGGAAGAGCUAAUAAAUAUUCUGAAAAAAGAGGGCUCCACUGCUGCUCUGCUGCCGGCAGCAUUUCGCUUUGGCAUAGCCUAUCACCAUUCCGGUUUGACAUUCGAUGAGCGGAAGUACAUCGAGGAUGCCUAUCGAACGGGAAUAAUCUCACUAAUCAUCUGCACAUCUACGCUGGCAGCUGGCGUCAAUCUUCCUGCCAAACGUGUCAUUAUCCGUUCACCGUACAUAGCUACCACUUUUUUGACGCUAAGCCGGUACAAACAAAUGGUCGGCCGAGCCGGACGUGCUGGGUUCGGUGAACACGGUGAUAGUGUGUUGAUCUGCUCGCCGAAAGACAUUUCCGCCGUUUGUAAUCUACUAUGUUCUCCAAUGGAUGAGGCAAACUCGUCAUUACAUUGCGAUGGUUAUGCUCAUCUGAAGCAUUUAAUUCUCAGCUCCAUUGGGCUAGGAAUAUGUGCCACGCGCAACGAUAUUCUUAGGAUUGUCACGAAAACAUUGUUAGCCAUACAAGCAGAACGCCUUGGAGUAGAUAUUCGUAAAGUGACAGAUCAAGCAAUAACCACACUGUAUAAAGAAAAUGCUAUCAAAGCCAAAAGCGACGGAUGUUUGCGUAAUCCAGCGAAUAUGACAAUUCGAAUUGAUGCCACAGAUGGAAGCCAAUGUGGGUCAGGUGUGAUAAAGGUUGGAGAUGUGAAUGUAGUGCGCGGAGCGGACGGUUCAUCUCAAGAAGGGAAACUAGUAAAAACUUUAAAUAAAAAUUCUCGAUUGGAAGUGAAUCGACUAGGAAAGGCUGCCAUACGGGCUGGAUUCCAUAUGGAUAAAGCCAUCAAAUUCUACGACGAGUUGAAGAGAGUUGGUGAGAGAUUGAAUGUGCUGGACGAGCUUCAUCUGUUGUAUGUAAUAGUGAUGGAAGAUGGCGGAGAGAUUCGACCCAGUGAUUCCGAUUAUGUAGCAUUUUUCAAUCAACUGUCACCGGAUGACUCCGCAUUGGCAAAACGUUUUCAUAUAGGAGACUUUACGAUAUCGAAAAUAUUGAGCAGAAGGGCCGUGCCGCCUGACAUUCUACCCACGGUUCGACGUUUCUUUCGGUUACUAAUCGUAUACGAAUUGUGGAACUUGAGACCACCUCAGCAAGUUGCUCUCAAGUACAAAGUAGACGCAGGUUCCAUACAAACACUGAUGAGCAGCGUCGCUUCCACAGCGUCUAGCUUGCAGCGAAUGUGCGAAGAAAUUCAAGAGCUGUGGGCAUUUCGUUUGCUGUUGACGACCAUGGUUCAGCGGCUAUCCCACUGCUGUACCGCCGAGUUGAUUCCUCUGAUGGAACUACCCUCUGUGAAAAUUGGUCGCGCACGUCAACUGUAUCGGGCGGGAUUCACUUCCUUGACCUCUAUUGCCAAAGCGAGAUCACGGGAUUUAGUAGAAUCGAUCGAGCACCUUAGCUACAGGACGGCAAAUCAGUUGAUUUUGAGUGCAAAGGCAAAAUUAAUGGAAGAAGUUGAAGCGCUUAAGGAUCAGGUGGAAGAUUAUCUGGCUUUACUACACGAUCGGUAAUGAAUGGUACUGUCAAUCGGUGAUAUGAAAAUUUUUGUUGGAUAUCAAUAGAUACGAUCGAUGAUUGCAACACUAUGGUAUUCAUAAUAUGUCAUAAAUUAUUGUACAUUAUUCUAAAUAUGGGCUGUUUCUCCAGUGGAACUGAUCUUGUGCUUUUUUACUUAUAGUUGUGUAAUCAAUAUUGCAAUCAAACACAUAGAUUUUGAUACUGUUUUGAAUACAACUAUUUUUUCUACCAACAUAUUGUCAUCAUGUUUUGUGUCAAUGAAAAUAUUUGAGUAAUAAAUCCCACUAACUAUCGGCAUGUUAUAACGA